UUUAGAUGUACAUAAUCCCUGAGUUGACCCAGAAAAUAGGCAGUCGUUUCAAGAUCUGAUGCGGCAGUCUUUGUGCACACCGUCCCCGCUUGAGCAUGAAGCGUAACCCUGUGGAAUACACGCUGUAAUUCAGAAGAGCUUUGCUUACAAGAGGAAAACUGUUCAAAAAGCCGGAGCUGAAGAAAAGUCGCGCAACUUUGUGGAAACGUAGUGGAUGCGGACAGGAGGCAUGGCAGAUCAUCUGAUGAUGCCCAUGAAUCACAACUCAGCGGGUGCUGGUCUCCACGGUUACAGGAUGGGUAUGAAUAGCGGCCUGCAGGCAGGUCCCCAGCAGCAUGCCAACCAGCAGGGCAUGAGGGUGCUGCCCAGUGGCCAGAUGAUGCACUAUGGUGGCACUCAGGCCAACAUGGAGACCGCCAUGAGGCAGCGACAGGGCAUGGUGGCUGGACCCAUGAAUGGACAGCUGAACGGGGCCCAGAUGGGUCACCACCAGAUGACCUCUGGUCACAUGAUGUAUAAUGGCCAGCCCCAGCAGCAACAACAUCAUCCACAACAGCAGCACCACAUGCAUCCGCAACAGCACCAACAGCAGGCCCAGCAUAUGCAGCAGCAACAGCAACAACAGUUCAUGAAUGGAGGAUUAACAUCUCAGCAGCUAAUGGCCAGCAUGCAGCUGCAGAAACUCAACACCCAGUACCAUGGACACCCGCUUGGUCCUAUGGGUGGGAACCACAUGGGGCCCACGGCCCAGUACCGCAUGAGCCCAGCUCAGCUGGCUAACAUGCAGCACAUGGCUAGCCCGGCACUAGCCUUGAAUGGCAUGGAUGCGGAUAUGAUUGACGAAGACGUCUUGACUUCACUGGUCAUGGAGCUGGGCUUGGACCGAGUCCAGGAGCUGCCAGAACUCUUCCUGGGCCAGAAUGAAUUUGAUUUCAUCUCAGACUUUGUCAGCAAACAGCAGCCAAGCACUGUUAGUUGCUGAGAGGACCUUAUUUGCAGUGGGGCAAAAAUGGAGACAGAAGAGUGAGAAUUGUUCAGAGCAGACGAAGAGCGUUCAUCUCCUCACUUUUUAUUUUGUGAGCACCUCUCCGUACGACUAUACCACAAUGCUGUGCAGGGUGCACAAAGGAGAACUCUGGAUAUUUGCAGUGAAUGCACAGGGCAUGCGUCUUGUGCCCUUGUGGCCAGAGGGUGGAUGGCUUUGGGGCCCACUUCUCCUAUUUCCUGGACAUGAAUGUAAUAAAGAAAUGCUGAAGUUCUUAAAAGCCACUCUGAACAAUGCUAUGACACUAUGUAGCCUCCCAAGCCUGGACUCCAAGACAGUUUACCAGUUUAAAAAGUGUAUUUAUUUAUUCCUAACUGAGAAACCUGAUAUAAAGAACAACCAGCUUCUCCAUUUUGGGAUUGAAGUGGUUUAAUGAUCUUUUUCUGAACGUAGGUUGGGGGUGGAAAAUAAAAUUAGUUUUCUGCUAUGGUUUUUUUUUUUUUGUUUGUUUGUUUGUUUUUUCCCAACUCUAUGUGGCAUAGUCUUGAAAUGAGCUCUGAUGCCAAUGUCAUCUAAAAGAGCAUGGGUUUUUAUUUUUUUUAAAUUACAGAAGUAAAAUGUUGUUUCAUUACAAUGGGAGUUUCAUCCAGACUUUUAAAAUGGUUCACUUUUCAUGAAGUGCUGCCUUUUUAGAUGUGAUGUUCUGAAAAAUCUACUGCUUGUACUGUAUGAAGCUGUAUAACUCCAACAUGUCCACACUGUUGUGUUCUAUUGGAGAUGUAGAACCGCCUUAAUCACGCAGAUUCUUAUUUAUUGGUUGUUUAUAUUGUCCCCUUUUUGUGGUCAAGAUGGGGGGUGGGAUGGUCUUUGUGAAAGGGGUUUCGAGGAUCAAUAAAAAUGGCCUGGAUAGAUGUGUGGCCUGCUUUUCCAUUCAUUGCAUAGCUCUUCCCUCAGGCAGCUAAGUGCUUAGGUUAACCUCUGGGUGAAGGGAAACCUCAGUUUUCUUUCAAAUCUGAGAAGGAAGGUUUUAACGAAUACAUUAUUUGUGCAGUUUGAGGUGGAUAUCUAGUCCAGAUCUCCUGGGUUUACAGUUUAAUUUACCUUUUCAUAGCUAAAACUAAGUUUCACUGAUAAGACCAUGAUUGACAUAUGGUGAUAAUUGCAGUUUUCUGCUGCCUAGCAUAUAUUAUUCUAAUGUACAUUUCAAUGACCAAUGAUAUUGAGUGUUUUUCUCCCCUUGGUGAUUAAGUAAAACAAGUGUUUAGAUGACAUUAAAGGUGUUUGACAACAUAUCCAGUCAUAGGGUGGUGUGCAUUCAGCUUACAAUGCUGAAUCCAAGCCAAUUCUUUCUAUUUUUUGUGUAGAGCACUGAAGUUAUUUUUGAUUGUGUUUUAACUGACUUUAUGCACAUAAACUGUAAUUCAGAAAUGGUGCCGUUCAUAGAGGGUGGUCAAAGAAACUGACAAUUGACUGUAAACAGUAACCAAACAAAUGACAGAUUCAAAACAGCCCCUCUCUAGUCGGUGCCACUGCCUGUUGGAGGAGUAAAACAAUUUUCCUAAUAUAAUUGCAUUCAUUAUAAAAAUGAGGGUAAAGAGAUUC